UUACAAUUUUUCUCUUAACAGGCCAAUAUGGAAAUCCUUUAAACAAAUACGUUAGACAUUAUGAAGGAUUAUCUUAUGAUAUGGAUUCAUUACACCAAAAACACCAGCGUGCCAAAAGAGCAGUGUCCCAUGAAGACCAGUUUUUGCGCCUAGAUUUUCACGCUCAUGGAAGACAUUUUAACCUUCGAAUGAAGAGAGAUGCAUCCCUCUUUAGUGAUGACUUUAAAGUAGAAAUAUCAAAUAAAGUAACUGAUUAUGAUACCUCCCAUAUUUACACUGGACAUAUAUAUGGUGAGCAGGGAAGCUUUAGCCAUGGAUCUGUUAUUGACGGAAGAUUUGAAGGAUUCAUUCAGACGCACAGUGGCACCUUUUAUGUUGAGCCAGCAGAGAGAUAUAUUAAGGACAGAGCCCUACCAUUUCACUCUGUCAUUUAUCAUGAAGAUGAUAUCAUGUCAUCUGCAUAUCUCUACUAAGUGUGCGCUCAAUGACUUCCAUCCUGCAAGUCAUUAAUGAAGAUAUUGAACAGUACCAGACCCAGGACAGAACCCUGGAGAGCCCUGCUUGUUAUCUCCUCCCAAGCAGACAUUGAGGCAUUGAUGACAACUCU